GUAUGAAUGUUAGUUUUGUUAUUUGAUUAAGUUGACUUGAAAUUCCCGGUAGGCACUCGGCUUUCCGAACUUUACCGAAGAUACCCGAGUCCGUCAGAAGCAGUGGCUAGCAGACGACGCCGAUGGGCCGACCUGGAGGCUGAAUUUCGUGCAUAAAACAGGAGAAAACGUCUUCAUAUCUGAUAAAACAAGUCUGAAAACAUCUCAGAGAAAAUGGCGACCGGUCAAACCAGCAUUUCUUUCGUGUCCGACUCCAGAAUGUACAGCAGUGGCGAUGACCAGUUCAACAGAGGAAUACAGCAGGUUGCACAGUCCACAGAGGAGGGUGGAGGUGAUGGCUACAGUUACCAGGACAACAAGGUCACCAUUGACAACCUGAACAAACAGCUGGUUACUAUGGAGGAACAGCUCAACAAGAACAGCAUGCGAGCCCACAUGCUGAACUGUGAGCUGGCCAUGCAGUAUGACCCGGUCACCCUCACCGCGCUGAACCAGUGCCAGGAGAGCUGUGAGAGAUGUGAGGGAGUGAUGUCUGACACGGCACGGGCACCCAACUUACAGGUGCACAUUGAGAAUGAAGUUGACGUACCCGAGCAAGAUCUUAUGGAGGUGGUGGUCAACGCUGACAAGCCGACUCCUUAGACCUUAGAUCGUCUUCAAAAUUUCUUUGUUGUCUUUGCUGUAAGGCACAAUCAGUGCGACAGUGUAGGUCUUAAACCAUCAUAGUACCUACUCAUAAGUAGGUCCUAGAGCUUAUGAUGCCAUAGAAAGAUCACUACUAGAGACUCUCCAAAGAGUGGCAGACUUGUGGUGAGAAGUAGCGGCCCCCUUUAACAUGUGCCAAUGUAUCUUGUCAUAUAUACUGGAUACACCGGCCAUGUUGCUAUUGCACAUUGCGGCUCUUGGUUUUAGUAGACACCUAAGUAUUGGACUUAGGCUAUCUUUUGGUGAUAAAGUCCAGCUUCAGGGGCAAGUGAAGGAUGGGUUGUGAAGGAUUGUUGAUGUUUUGGGACAGACAAUGUAGGAUUGGGGGUGGGGGAAAAAGACGGAGGCUUCUGAAAAUUUUGUUCUGCAAAAAAUGUUGGAUGACAAGAUCGUUCAU